AUGAAAGUUUCCCCCCCCAACUCCCCAUCCGACGCUAAGCGCCAUCUCCAUUCGCACCCCUCGGUACAUCGCCCACGCUUCGCCCACCCCGUCUCCCGCGUCAUCAUCCCGGUCCCCCUUCUGGCCCUCCUUGUCGCCAUCAUCCUUGCAUUCGUUGCUUUCCUCCACGCCCGCAAUGCACCCUUCCCCUCCAUCUCCGGCCCAUGGCUCUACUCCCCAAAACACAAACAUCCCACUGGACCCCCCUCUGAAAACCACCAAGAACCAAAACACCAACAACAUUCCACCUCCGAAACUAAACACAUAACUCCUAACGCCUCUUCUGCCUCUCACCCCUCCCUUCCUCUUCCUGAUCCUGCCACCCGCCUCCUGCUCUUUACAGACAUGUGGGAGCGCAUGGUCAACAUGCAGAACGCCCUUGCCGCCCUUCUUCUCCAUUCCAUUGAGCGCAAUUUUACCAUUGUCGAGCCCUUCAUAUACGAAUCCCACGCCAUCAAUGAGUUUGCUCUCCCAGAACUCUUCCAACAACAGGGCCUCUCCCCUCAGCCGGCCAGCGUCUAUUUUGAUCUCUCCCCUUUCUUCAAGGAGCACCGCCUCAUCACACAUGACACCCUCAGACAGCGCGUUAGAGUCACAAACGAAUCACAGGACACCUUUGUCGUUCAAGCCGCCGUCUGGGUGCCGUGGGAUGAAGAAGAGCACGUGCACCGCGGGAGGAGCUUUUACUGGUGCGAUGACAUUUUUGAUCAACUGCAGUGGAAGUGGGAAAAGAGCCGCUAUGGAAGGGCCAUCGUUCCUGCUUUUCAAGUGCAGCGUCUUUUGUGUCUCAACCCAUUUCAUACCACACGCAAAGGCUCUAUAAAAAAACAGGCCAGCGUAUCGCUUUUCGAAGACCUUUUCGCUUUUGUCAAAGCUGGAACGCGUCCGCUGAAGCGAGAGUGCAAAGAGUGCAUUUCCAUCAUGUUUAUCAACUACCGAAAGCAUUUAUUCAGCGGUAUUGAGCCGACACCAAAUCGACAGAAGCUCAUCAAGAACAAAUAUCCUUCUAUCCUCACUGGGAAAAAGCAACAAGAGUUGGCGAAACGCGUCGCGCGCGAGUCGCUCGGAGGGAAAAAAUACGUAGGGGUUCAGUUUCGGACGGGUAAGGCAUCUGCUCUGUUGCGCAGGCAUGCAGUUUUCACGAAUAGCAACGAAGCGGUUGAACGGUUUGAGGGAUGGUUGACGACGUGCACGGAGAGUCUGGUGAAGGAGGCGAAAACACAAGCCGCUGAGAUGGGGGAGAAUGUGGGGUUCUUCCUAGCGUCUGACAUGCUGAACUCUGGUUGGAAAGGUGGGGACAUUGGCUCGCCCGAGAUUGAGGCGAUGCUGAACACAAGCGUCAGUUAUUUUAAGCGAGAGCUGCCGGACCUGGCAAGGUUUGAACCGGACAAAUAUGACGUGAAACAAGAUGUGAUGGGGAUUUCGGCAGUAGUGGAUGCAGGGGUGAUGUAUUUUAGUGAUGCAUUUGUGUACGCGUUACCAUCGAGCUUUGGUGUAUGGGUGGAUGACCAAAGGGGUAGACACAAUAGGCCGAAGGCGAAGGUAGUGGACUGCAUGAUCCCAGAGUUUGACGAGGCGGAGCAAUGGGCAAAAGAAAGGCGUUUGCGGGGCCGUUGAAAGUGCAAAGUACGGGACUACAGAGAUAGUUUCUUUGCUAGUGUCUAGACGACAAGUGGCCUCAUAUGAGGCUACUUUUCAACUUAUUUUUCUCGCCUUAGUCUUGCUCAACAAGAAAGAAAAGGGAAGAAAAAGAUGCUCUCGCCACCGCAGUUGACUUCUGCGUUGCGUAAGGGUAGAGUUUGGUGAAA